GCGCGGGCGCGGCAUGCCGCUCUGGGUGCGCGACCACAGCUGGGAGCAAACGGCCGAGGCCGUCUACCUGACCGUGCCCGUGCGGGCCGCCCGCCUCCGUCCUGGCAGCAUCUUCUGCACCGAGCAGUACCUCAAGGUGAAUUCUCCUCCUUUUUUAUUUGAAGCCAUUCUGUAUGCUCCUAUAGAUGAUGUUCGUAGCAGUGCAAAAAUCGAGAAUGGUUCCGUUUUCUUCACCCUCUAUAAAAAAGAAACGGUCAUGUGGGAAUCCCUGGUUAUGGAAAACGGUGACAAAGAGAAAAUGCAAAGAAUCCGAGAGGAUGCUGUACAGAAAGCCCAAGUGGAUGCACAAGCAGAAGCAGAAGCAAAAGCUACUCAGAAACGAGAACGCAAUAAAUUUGCUCUUGAUGCCACAAUGAAGCUAGAAGAUGCAGAAAGGAAGAGAAUAGAACAACAGAAAGAAGAAGAGCGGAAAAAGGCCACUGAGGAGAUUGAGAAAUGGAAGGAGCAGAAUGAGAAGCAAAAGAAGGUUCAAGAAAUACACCAGUCACAUCAUGAAAAGGGAGAAACACUAGAGAAAAGCAAGCAAGAAAACAACCAAAUUAAAUCCAAGAAAGAGAUGUCCCAGUCAGACGCAAUGAUGGGAGGUAGAAGUUCCAGAAAUAUGUUUGCAGAUAAGCUAAAAGAAGAAGCUCUCCCUGCUCCUCGGUCUGCCAGUAGCAUCAAAAUCAAUUUCACCCCUCGUGCCUUUCCCACAGCUCUCAGAGAAUCCAGGGUUCCAGAGGAGGAGGAGUGGUUAUGUAAGCAAGCAGAAGCUCGCAGAAUGAUAAAUGCAGAUAUUGCUGAGAUAGAGGAUUUAAAAGAGGAGGAGAAGAACCCAGAUUGGUUGAAAGAUAAGGGCAAUAAAAUGUUUGAAACUGGAAACUACAUUGCUGCUGUCAAUGCGUAUAAUUUGGCUCUUCGCAUUAAUAAUAAGAUUCCAACAUUAUACUUGAAUCGAGCUGCUUGCCAUCUUAAGCUGAGAAACCUACACAAGGCAAUUGAGGAUUCAUCUAAGGCCCUGGAUUUAUUGACUCCAUCUGUUCCUGAAAAUGCUAAGGCUAGAGUGAAAGCUCAUUUGAGACGUGGGACAGCUUUUUGUGAACUGGAAUUGUAUGCUGAAGGUCUUCAAGAUUAUAUUGCUGCUCUGAAGAUUGAGCCUACAAAUAAAAAUGUGGAAGAAGAUGCUGAGAAGAUUCGGCGUAUAAUUCAAGCAAGUGAAUGAUCCGAGACAGCCUUGUGUUUAGUGAUCAGCCCUUGGCUGGGGGCAACUUCAUGCCUGUGCUGGCAAUGCUCAGCUUUCUUCUCGGAAGGGAUAUUGCUGCUGUAUUGGGUGCAUGGCUGCAUGGUCCUUCUGCACCACUUGACCACUGUCCUAGUAAGUGGAAUCACGUGGGGAUCGUGAUUUUGUAUGAGAUGUUUGUGUUAAUCUUUAUAAAGUUUUCCUUAAAUGCAGUUAGAGCAGAUUUCUUUCUAAUUUAGUAACUUGCUCAGUAAGCAAAAUAAAGGAAUGUUAACUUUG